AUGACGAAUGUCUCAUCAAAUGAGUUAGAUGGAUAUUUAGAUGAUGUCACUGUGUUAAAUCGGUGUGUUGACACGUUUGAACGGUACACGUCGACGCUUCUUCCUCUCUUCGAACAGAUUCACACUGAAAUGAGUGAGUACACCCAACUCCUCCAACAGCUCUCAUCUGCAAAAGGAACUGAAAAUCCGAAUCGCCUUCGCUCGAAGUUAUUAGAGCCGUUGAUCACCUUUUCGGAAGCUCAGCAACAGCUUUCGGAGUCGUUUUACGACCUUAAAGAGGAGGUGAAUCGCAUCAAUCAGUCGACGAAAGACUUGCAACAGACAUGUCUUCAGCCAUUAACCAGUGCACUUCUAAGCUAUACGCCGCAGGCGAAGUGGAAUAUUUGGUCGUGGUGGUCACAACCGCCCAAAGAAUAUUCCGACGCGACGAAGAUUCAAUUGUCGUUAACUUUGGGGUCCUGGGAAUUCAAAUUGAAAGUCGGCGGGUUGAUCGAAGCGUUCUAUCGCGUCUUUCAAGACGGGGCUAUCACAGCCUCUGGCAACGAGAAUUUCACUUUAACUAUGACAAAGGCCCGAAUCGAAAAAACAAAGUACUUCUGCAAAUAUAAAAAGUGUGUAGGGGGGUACAUGGGUAAAUCACUCGACGAGAUUUUGAAAUUGGAGGAACGAGAAGGGGCCGUUCCGUUCGGGAUCGAAAACUUAAUUGAAAAUAUUAAGAACAAAGGUUAUACCACCGAAGGCAUAUUUAGACUCGCUCCUUCUGAUAGAGAUAUCGACGAAGUGUCACAUCGGUUGGGCGUAAUGGAUUUCGACGGAAUGGAUUUCGUCGUGAUGUCUUCAGUCUUGAAGCGAUUCUUUCGAAAUCUCCCACAGAAAAUAUUCAAUAAGCAAUUGACGGACAGAGCAAUGGCAAUUAAUAACUCACAAGCAUUUAACACGGGGACGUUGAAAAGUUUCAUUAAAAUGUUACCAAAAAAUCAUAUCCCGAUUGUAAGGGAACUCUUUGGCCUCUUUUACAAGAUCAAUACGUAUUCUGAUACAAAUAAAAUGUCUUCAUUGAAUUUGGCUAUAGUGUGGGUCCCAUGCCUCUUCGAAGUCCCAAUAGACCAGAAUUUCCAAACCAACCUCGACCAACUCAAACCGUUCUUCGCAGCAUUCAUCGACAAGUUUUAUGACGUCUUCCCGGAAUGUUCCGAUCGAAAGUCGUUACGCCUUUCUACAUACAGACAAUCCUUCCACGAACGAACACUGACGCGUUCUGAGUCGGAAUGGAAAAGGAGUUUGGAGUCUGUUGACAACGUGAUGAAGUGA